AGCUCUCACAUGAAACCCUAUUUUCUAGCAGGUCUACUUGGAAUAAUAGGACUAAUAGGAGUGGCCAUAGGAUCGAUAACAUUUGGCGUUUUACUCAGACCAAAAGAUGACACCUACGGAUGGAGAAGUUUACGUCCAAGAACUACAUUGAGGCCUACAACACCUAGUCGACACACCACUCCGAAAAGAGAACCAACGACCACAAAAAUUCCUUCCACCUCAACGCAGCAACUGAACACUACACAGUCAUUGACAACAACUGACUCAGUGACAGUAGAGUAUCAAACGUCUCCUUCUCCUACAGAAAUAAGCGCUACAACAACAGAAUGGACACCAUCCCAUGAGCCCAGCACCGAGCCUGUCGAGCCAUCAACGACGGAAGACAUUAGCUCAACACACGAGCCAGUAACACCGUCUCAUGAGCCCAGCACCGAGCCUGUCGAGCCAUCAACAACGGAAGAUAUCAGCUCAACACACGAGCCAGUAACACCGUCUCAUGAGCCCAGCACCGAGCCUGUCGAGCCAUCAACAACGGAAGAUAUCAGCUCAACACACGAGCCAGUAGCACCGUCUCAUGAGCCCAGCACCGAGCCUGUCGAGCCAUCAACAACGGAAGAUAUCAGCUCAACACACGAGCCAGUAACACCGUCUCAUGAGCCCAGCACCGAGCCUGUCGAGCCAUCAACAACGGAAGAUAUCAGCUCAACACACGAGCCAGUAACACCGUCUCAUGAGCCCAGCACCGAGCCUGUCGAGCCAUCAACAACGGAAGAUAUCAGCUCAACACACGAGCCAGUAACACCGUCUCAUGAGCCCAGCACCGAGCCUGUCGAGCCAUCAACAACGGAAGAUAUCAGCUCAACACACGAGCCAGUAACACCGUCUCAUGAGCCCAGCACCGAGCCUGUCGAGCCAUCAACAACGGAAGAUAUCAGCUCAACACACGAGCCAGUAACACCGUCUCAUGAGCCCAGCACCGAGCCUGUCGAGCCAUCAACAACGGAAGAUAUCAGCUCAACACACGAGCCAGUAACACCGUCUCAUGAGCCCAGCACCGAGCCUGUCGAGCCAUCAACAACGGAAGAUAUCAGCUCAACACACGAGCCAGUAACACCGUCUCAUGAGCCCAGCACCGAGCCUGUCGAGCCAUCAACAACGGAAGAUAUCAGCUCAACACACGAGCCAGUAACACCGUCUCAUGAGCCCAGCACCGAGCCUGUCGAGCCAUCAACAACGGAAGAUAUCAGCUCAACACACGAGCCAGCAACACCGUCUCAUGAGCCCAGCACCGAGCCUGUCGAGCCAUCAACAACGGAAGAUAUCAGCUCAACACACGAACCAGUAACACCGUCUCAUGAGCCCAGCACCGAGCCUGUCGAGCCAUCAACAACGGAAGAUAUCAGCUCAACACACGAGCCAGUAACACCGUCUCAUGAGCCCAGCACCGAGCCUGUCGAGCCAUCAACAACGGAAGAUAUCAGCUCAACACACGAGCCAGUAACACCGUCUCAUGAGCCCAGCACCGAGCCUGUCGAGCCAUCAACAACGGAAGAUAUCAGCUCAACACACGAGCCAGUAACACCGUCUCAUGAGCCCAGCACCGAGCCUGUCGAGCCAUCAACAACGGAAGAUAUCAGCUCAACACACGAGCCAGUAACACCGUCUCAUGAGCCCAGCACCGAGCCUGUCGAGCCAUCAACAACGGAAGAUAUCAGCUCAACACACGAGCCAGUAACACCGUCUCAUGAGCCCAGCACCGAGCCUGUCGAGCCAUCAACAACGGAAGAUAUCAGCUCAACACACGAGCCAGUAACACCGUCUCAUGAGCCCAGCACCGAGCCUGUCGAGCCAUCAACAACGGAAGAUAUCAGCUCAACACACGAGCCAGUAACACCGUCUCAUGAGCCCAGCACCGAGCCUGUCGAGCCAUCAACAACGGAAGAUAUCAGCCCAACACACGAGCCAGUAACACCGUCUCAUGAGCCCAGCACCGAGCCUGUCGAGCCAUCAACAACGGAAGAUAUCAGCUCAACACACGAGCCAGUAACACCGUCUCAUGAGCCCAGCACCGAGCCUGUCGAGCCAUCAACAACGGAAGAUAUCAGCUCAACACACGAGCCAGUAACACCGUCUCAUGAGCCCAGCACCGAGCCUGUCGAGCCAUCAACAACGGAAGAUAUCAGCUCAACACACGAGCCAGUAACACCGUCUCAUGAGCCCAGCACCGAGCCUGUCGAGCCAUCAACAACGGAAGAUAUCAGCUCAACACACGAGCCAGUAACACCGUCUCAUGAGCCCAGCACCGAGCCUGUCGAGCCAUCAACAACGGAAGAUAUCAGCUCAACACACGAGCCAGUAACACCGUCUCAUGAGCCCAGCACCGAGCCUGUCGAGCCAUCAACAACGGAAGAUAUCAGCUCAACACACGAGCCAGUAACACCGUCUCAUGAGCCCAGCACCGAGCCUGUCGAGCCAUCAACAACGGAAGAUAUCAGCUCAACACACGAGCCAGUAACACCGUCUCAUGAGCCCAGCACCGAGCCUGUUGAGCCAUCAACAACGGAAGAUAUCAGCUCAACACACGAGCCAGUAACACCGUCUCAUGAGCCCAGCACCGAGCCUGUCGAGCCAUCAACGACGGAAGAUAUCAGCUCAACACACGAGCCAGUAACACCGUCUCAUGAGCCCAGCACCGAGCCUGUCGAGCCAUCAACGACGGAAGAUAUCAGCUCAACACACGAGCCAGUAACACCGUCUCAUGAGCCCAGCACCGAGCCUGUCGAGCCAUCAACGACGGAAGAUAUCAGCUCAACACACGAGCCAGUAACACCGUCUCAUGAGCCCAGCACCGAGCCUGUCGAGCCAUCAACAACGGAAGAUAUCAGCUCAACACACGAGCCAGUAACACCGUCUCAUGAGCCCAGCACCGAGCCUGUCGAGCCAUCAACAACGGAAGAUAUCAGCUCAACACACGAACCAGUAACACCGUCUCAUGAGCCCAGCACCGAGCUCGUCGAGCCAUCAACAACGGAAGAUAUCAGCUCAACACACGAACCAGUAACACCGUCUCAUGAGCCCAGCACCGAGCUGAGCACGCAGAUACCGACACCCUCCCAAAAGUCAUGUUCUUGCACGGAUAAGAACAUAUGGCUAGACGUCUUCUUUUUGAUCGAUACCUCCAAGACCAUGGAAAAUCAUCGCGUGGCCGAUGCAGUAGCUUUUAUGAAAUCCAUGUUGCACAAGAUGACCAUCGGACAAGAUGACGGACAAGUUACAAGAGUCGGGUUCAUAACCUUUGCUUUUGAAGCACAUUUAAUUCACAAGCUCUCUCACUUCCAAUCAACCGAAGAUCUCAUGAAAAAAUUAAAAAUUCGCUAUGAUGGUGGACAUGGCGCCAACGUCAGAGCAGGGAUCCGAUUGGCUAUAGCCAAUUUCAAUACUCCUCAACAUAGAAGAAAUGUUAAGAAAGUUCUAGUCAUUGUAGGCGCUGCAGAACAUCGCUAUUAUUACAAUGAUGCCAGAUGGCUAGCGAAAGAAUUUGUAGCAAAUGGUGGAGCUAUUAUCACAAUUGAAUAUGCCAAACCUAGUUGUAGAACAAGAUCUUCACUGAAAGACCUUGCAAGUGAUCCCCGGUUUGCAUUCUCGAAUUGCAGAGGAGUUUUUAACGCAGAUGCUGUAAGAAGAGCAUUCUGUACUGUAAACUGCUUCUGCCCUAAAUAUCAUGAUAUUUUCGACAAAGUUACCAAUGAUUGUUACCGUGUCGUCACCAUUCCUGCCAUGCAGAGGCUAGCAGUUCAAAAUUGCCGCAGUCGACAUAAUGCUAUACUUCCACGAGUGGAUAGCUAUGGGAAAGCACGCUUCCUCACUUCAUUGCUUCCAUGGCGAACAAAAUUCUGGAUUGGGCUUAAGAGGGUAAAUGGGCGAUUCAUAUGGACCGAUGGCAGUGUGCUAAACAAAAACGAUUACAAUCUAUGGGCCCCUGGAUAUCCCAAGAGUAACAAGGGUGAUUGUGUAUAUAUGCGCCACUAUGGAUUGAUCAGCCGAGGAUGGUACAAUGAUGACUGCAGCAAUGAUCAAGAUUACAUUUGCGAAACGAGGCUCUGUGAUACAGAUCAUUACUGUAGAGAGCUAUUCUAAUCUUUGUACAUAAACUACCAAUGUCAUCUCAUCUCUGGUUUCUCACAAGCGGGUACGAGCCAGAAGAUGGUUUUGGCUCUAAUAAAGAAUUUCAC